CUGUCAACUCCUCAACUACCCCCCUUCAGUCGCGCUAUAACGCUUUACCAUCCACACCUGCUAUCCAUCCAAAGAUGAAGACGCCCUCCCUCCUCCUCUUCUCCCUCUUCCUCCUCACCGCCGCUGCCGCCGCCGCCUUCGCGGCCCGCGAUUUCCAAGCCGAGCUUUCCAAGAACAAGGGGCGCGGCGGCGGCGGAGGAGGCGGCGGUGGCUUCGCGGGCAGCAUCCCUGGAUUCGGCUCCGUCCCUGGUGGGGUCUUCGGCCCCGGAAACGGCGGCGGCGGCGGCGGGGGGUUCAACAUCCCCGGCAUGGGCGGCGGGUGGGGCGCGGGUUACGGCGGCCCUUCCGGCGGGUACUCCCGCGGCGGCGUGGUGCGGCCCUCCGUCGUCUGCUCCGACCGCGGACCAUGCUACAAGAAGCGGCUGACCUGCCCGGCCAAGUGCUUCAGCUCCUACAGCCACUCCGGAAAGGGGUACGGCGGCGGCGGCGGAGGCGGCGGCUGCACCAUCGACUGCAAGAAACGAUGCGUCGCGUACUGUUGACGGGGUUGCUUCUCGAUCGCCACGUGUCUCUUGCCCUCUCCGCACUGCAGUAGUCUAAAAAUGUAUUAUUUGCGUCAGACUGGUAAUUAACGUUGUUAAUUUUGAGCUUAUCUUACUUUAUCACUUCUAGAAUACGUAGACGUGUGUAUUCUUUAUAUGAAUAAAGAGGGCGAUAUAUUAUAUUA